AUGUCCCUGCUGUGGACAAAGGUGCCCCCGCUGACUUUGGACAGCCCUCUCUCGCCCGAUACCCUCGAUAUCUGGCUUCCUCAUGCUCGCCACCGCACGCUGGACUUCGAUCUCUUCGCAGAGGGAUUUAACGAGGAUGCAAUUCAGGCCGUCAUAGGCGCACUUACUUCCCACGCGAAUCGUUGGAGAUCGAUGGAAAUCUAUACGAACAGAUUUAGUGCCAUGAUCAAGGUGUCGGCGAGUUUACCGUCACAUGCCGGCAACUUGGAGCAGCUGAUCUUGAACUGCGGUGCUCACGAUGACUUACAUGACCCGGAGAUCAUCAGGCGGGACAACGAUGUUUUGAGGAUGAAAGCGCCAAGACUGCGAAAUCUGUAUCUUGAAGAUUUUCCCUGCGUUCCAUUCGGUUUCCUCUUCCACCGUUAUUUCCCCAAGCUGGAGAGACUUGACCUCGUGGGUAGUUCCUUGGACUCGUUGAUGAUUCCUGGCAACGACCCAUAUGCUCGCCGGCCUAGUGUUCUGAUGAAGACCCUCACGGCCCUGCCGCAUCUGCGAUACCUUCGAAUCGCUUCGCUGUCUCUUCACGGCAUAUACGAGGCCACCCCGGAGACCGAUCGAGCGAUCCUACCGGCGCUGCAGGAAGUCGAAUUCAAGGAUGCGCACCUGGAGCACACAAUAACGGUCUUAGAAGCCAUGGAGGCACCUCAACUGAGGUUCAUGUCCUGCAUCUAUCCACGGUCUGAUGAUGACUUCGACGAUGAGAGCCCCAUCAUGCACGACCACUUGCACCAUUUCCCUCGAUUCCGGAUGCUCAAGGUGAUACCUGACAGGACGUUCACCGUCAAUGAGUACCUGUCCCGCUUCGUCGGUGACUUAGAAACAGUGGACUUCAUCUGUGGUAUGGAUUGCCUAGAUGAGAAAAUUGCCGACCUGAUCAACCUCGCUGGCAGCGGGGAAUUUGGGGAUGACUGGUCAGGAUACUUCCCCCGACUCAUCGGUCUGGACAUCCACAAGCAUGCCUUCGGCGUUACUGCUGCUACCCUGCGAAAAAUUGUCAAUGAACGCCUUGGAGCGAGGUACUUCAGUUCUUUCGUGUCUGGAGCGGGAACAGAUGGCGACCAUCAACCACCUACAGCGCUCGAAGAAAUCCAUGUAUGCACUUCUACGCAGAUAUCAGCAGCAGAUCGCUCCUGGUUCGCAGAGAGCACCGAGGUGAAAUGUUUCUCGUGGUCCGAUUCUGCGUCGUGCUUGGCGGAGGAGCAGUAUGAGGAUGGCCGUAACCAUGAAGAUGGCUGGCUGAGAUUGACUUUCGCAGUUAGCUACCUAUUCAAUUUCAGUGUGCGCAUUGAUCCUUUGUAA